AUGGCGUCCCCUGUCGUAGCAGAACUCGAGGCUGGCUUGCAGGCAAUGCUGCAACUUAAGCCGCCUGGAGUAUCGGGCUCUCGAAUCACGAACAUAACAGCGUUGUGUGUCGCCAACGUUCAGCAUGAAUCAGUUCUGAUCCAGAAGCUCUUCACCCACUUCAAGAAAACGCCCGGCACACACAAACUGGGAGUACUCUACGUCGUAGACUCUGUAACGAGGAAGUGGUUGGACCAGGCUAAAGCCCAAGGACAAACCCCAAGCCUCUCAUCGCCAGAUGGGACUUUCGCCGCAGGCGUGCAUAGAGUAACAGAGUUGAUACCACUUCUGAUGAACGACAUCAUCGCAACGGCUCCAGAAGAUCAAAAGACGAGCAAAACAUGUGAAGCGAGCUCGAAGAUGGACGGCGGCCCUGGCGACGAUGACCGCGACGGCCUCGCCUUCGGCAGGAGACUUCAAGACUCUGCUGACUUCUGCCUCACUUUCGAUAUCUGGGAGAAGGGCCAGACAUUCCCAGCUUCCAUGGUCAACUCGUUCAGGGAGAAACUGAAUGCUCCACGACCCAACGAGUCGACAACACCUCCCGGCAGCCCUCCUGCCGACCUUAGAGCCUCACUUGGUUCUGGUGGAAAAGUGGCGGCACUGCCCGCAAACCCUGCUAUCCCGAACAUCUUGGACACGCUUGCAAGCAUUGCUCGUCAGAAUGCCUCGUCAGCGCAGAGUAAUCCUAGCCUGGCGGCCCCGGCCCCGGCGUCUACUCCGGCUCCUGCGCCCGUGUUCAGUACAGCCGGUGGUCCGCAGAAUAGUGGUGCAAUGCAGCCCGCUCCGGCGCCCGUCCAGCCACAGCCCAGCAUGCCGUUCCUGCCACCUUCUCAGUCGGCUGCCCAGCCUGUAAAUGUGCCAGGACUGCCGUUUGCUUUCCACCCGCCGAUACCGCCGGCUCAGGCAAUGGCUUCGGCAGCUUCGGCUUCGGUUCCCCCGGCCGGUGCUGUCCCUGCUCCGCCAAACGUCGCAAGUAAUCCUGCUGCUACCACGGUACAGCUCGUUGCCGCGCUGGCGGCGCAGGGCAUCCCCGUUGACAAGAUUGCCAGCGUAAUCCAAAUGAUGGGGCAAACAGGCGCCCUCCCCCCGGCAGCCCCGCCGCAAAUACCGCAGCCCGCGCAGACCGGAUACGCAGUUCCACCUCCGGUCGGCGGUGCCGCACCGGCUCCCACCCCGUGGGAUGCUCCACGCACAGAUGAUGCACGUGAUCGCACUGGCUAUCAUGAUGGCAUGAGAUCGCCGAAUCGGGCCCGCGGCCGGUCCAGGUCCCGAUCUCCCGCGCGCUGGGAUGGCAGAGGCUCUCCGAGAUCGCGUGCGAAUGACCGUGCUUUCGACUACGGACAUCCUGGCUCUCCAGGCCGCGGCCGGGCAGACGACCGCUACCGCCAGAGAUCCCCUCGCGGGCGCCGUGGUGAGAGUCCGAGCCAGGAGCCGGUCCAGCAAGAAAAGUGGGUCGAGUAUGAUAACAGCCUGCCCAGCGGUUGCAUCAGAGUGUAUAGCCGGACCCUGUUCGUGGGCGGUGUAACUUGCUCUGAAGCUGAGCUGCGCGAGAUCUUCAACCGCUUUGGGCAAGUCCAGACAUGUAUCGUCAACAAGGACAAGCGACAUGCUUUCGUCAAGAUGUACUACCGCAAGGACGCCGAGCGGGCCAAGGCGGCCAUGGAGGAAGCCCGGAACAUAGAAUUCCAGCUUAGGACUAGGUGGGGAGUGGGAUUUGGCCCUCGCGACUGCAGCGACUACCAGAACGGGAUCAGUGUCAUCCCAAUCCACAAGCUCACUGAGGCCGACCGCAAAUGGAUGCUCACCGCCCCCUACGGCGGGUCCGGCGGCCGUCCCAUCGUUCACGGACUCUGUGUCGAGGAGCCGGACAUCGAGAUAGGCGCCGGCGUCUCCUCCAAGGCGAUCAGCCGCCGCAUGCAGACUGACAAGGGCGGGAAUCACGGCCCCAAAUCCAGCAGACAUCCCGAGGACGAGCCCGGAUUUGGUGGUGGUGGUGGUGGUGGUGGCGGCGGCGGCGGCGGCGGACGAUGGGGCCGCUUCGGAAGGGAGAAGCACCACGGUGGUGGUGGCGGAGGCCGCGAUCAAAGAAGAGUUGGUAGCGGCGAUCGGAACGAUAAGGCCGCUAACAGCGACGAGCCGGUCGUUCUAGGCUUGCCCGCGGGCAUUACGAUGGGUCCUAACGGGAUCAACUACCCGCCCAACUUUGCGUUUGGCGCGAGCGCAUCGAACCCUUAA